AUGGGCCCCUGGUGGGAUGUUGGCUGCUGGGGCUUUGAUCUUGUACUGGGCUUGGAAUUAUGGGGCAUCUAUGAUGGUCUUUGCCUAACCUGGAACCUGGGCAACAAGAAAAUUCAAUGCCAAACUGAUUGUGCUGAGGCUCACGGACUGAUCACUUCCUCCUCAGCCCAUUCUUCACAUCUCACACUCAUUCGCAUGAUUGCUAACCUGGUGUGCGGGAUCGUUAGCCUUACUCUCAUCUUUCGGGAGGCGAACGCUGUUGCAGAUCACCUGGCUAAACUUCGACUCAUCACCGAUGGCUCCAUGCAAGUGUUCCAAGAUAUUCCCCCUUUAGUUUCAAGUCUUCUAUAUGGUGAUAUUCAGGGUCCUCCUUACUUAAGGAACCCUUCCAGUAAUAUGUAA